AAGAAAGCAUGUAUGCUAAUUUUACUACAAAUACACGCUCAGAUAGAAGUGCACUGACUGUUACGAGUUCAGUGAGUGGAAGGGAAACCAAAGCAGUCCGUGAAGAGGAUAAAGAGAGCGCCUACCAUGAGAUCACAUCUGAGGAAGAGGAACCAACAUACAUUGAGAACAAACUCCCUGAGGAAGAGGAACCAACAUACAUUGAGAACAUACUCCCUCCAGUUAAUAACAGGGACGAUCAAGGACUCAGUAUGACGACCACUGGAAAGGAGUCAAACUACAUCGAUAAUGUGAUAUAUCCAAUUGGAGAAAGCAGAGGAGAUACAGGUGCCGCUGAGACUGACUGUGUGUACGCAUGUGUAGAACUAGGAGACUCAGCAAGAUUCCACCAGAAACGAAAAUCUGCUGAAGAAAGAAUUGACCAGCCAAAGGACAUUGAGUCGAACUACGUUUUUGUAUCUGAAUUUAGAGACUGCUCAGUUAGCGAGGUACUAUAG